AUGAGCUACACUAAGUGGAAAGAUACUGACUCGGAAAUGGGGUUGAGGCUAGGAGUUCAAAACAGUAUCGGUCUAAGCGCCAGAUCAUCAAGCACUCCGUAUGACUCACUUCGGGCGCGAGCAGGCUCUGAUGAUUUGUAUUCGUACGAAUUAGUGCCAUCACCGACUCCACAGCCAGUCGAGGGCGGAGGACAGAAUCUCAACCUCAAAUGCCACUUAUUUGGACCCCAGACCAGGAACGCAGAUUUCUUUGGCCGCGACCAGAUUUUUGACAAGAUGGACGAGAUCCUGAUCCCAAGUCCCCCACAGUUUGAAGAUGAGACCAAUUCGCUGCGAACCUAUGCGCUGACCGGGAUGGGCGGCGUGGGGAAAACUCAAAUCGCUGUCGAGUACGCAUAUUCGAGACGUAAUCAUUUCGAAGCCAUCUUCUUCGUUUCGGCGGCUACCGGCGCCAAGCUUGCACAAGGAUACUCGCACAUUUCAACCAAGCUGGGACUCGAAGAUAAGAAAAGCGCAGACGACCAAGUUGUCAGCAGGGAUUUGGUUCUUCAAUGGCUGUCCAAUCCAGGUCGGACUCGACAGCACUCUGCUACUGAAACCAACAGCCAGGCUGUAUCGUGGCUACUCAUCUUGGACAACGCAGAUGAUUUGGCUGUGCUGGGGGACUACUGGCCAGUGACAGGACGUGGUUCUGUAAUUAUAACCAGUCGAGACCCGCUAGCUCUGACGAGGUCAUAUAUACCCAUAUCACAGGGAUUGACAGUCCAGCCCUUCUCAAAUGAACAGGGAGCCGUUCUUUUGCGUCUUUUGACUGGAUUUAACGCCUCAGAGGAGGAUGUUGAAUUAUCCAACUCCAUUACGCAACGUUUGGGUGGACUGCCCCUGGGUAUUUCCCAUAUUGCGGGCAUUGUUGUUCGGCGCGAUCUGACCUUGGAAGAGCUCAUCAAGCUCAUAGAAGAUGAUGCGACACGCAAAGAGCUGUAUAGUUCUAAAGAAGGCUUCAAGCAGAACGACUCUUACAUGCAAAGCAUAUUGACGUCUCUCAACUUGGGAGAUCUGACUGCGUCUGCGGCCUGCCUGCUAGAUCUUCUGGCACUGAUGGACCCCGACCAGAUUUCGGAGGAGAUAUUGAUGAUUAUUCAAGACAAGGCCCCGGACCAGACUUUUGUAUGGCCGGAGGAAUAUCCAUCGACAUUUCAGUCCUACAUAGAGGCUCGAAACCAGCUUACCCGGUCUUCAUUUAUCAGGCGAAACACACGAACAAAAGAAGUUACGAUCCAUAGACUAGUGCAGGACUCUGCUCGACUUAGGAUGACUCCUGGCCGAUUUUCGCAAAUUCUGGACCUCGGUAUUAAUUUGCUUUAUCAAUCAUGGCCAUUUGGUAUCAACGACUAUAGUACAGAUAGAUGGACAGUGUGCGAGCCAAUAUUUCCUCACAUCCAAGCUUUAAUGGAUGCUUAUAUCGGCCAUCCACCUGCUGAGUUCAAUCAUACUUCGAUAGAAAGGUUUGCACAUCUACUAUCAGAUGCAGGAUGGUACAAACGAGGAUAUCCUCUGCAGAGUUUGCCAUUUCAGGAAGCAAGUCAAAGAAUUCUCCAGUCCUUGCCAACGCCUAACUUGGUACGAGUAUCUGAGACUGUGCAUGCCCAGGCAGAAGUUCAUAUAUACACAGCGAACUUCCAGAUUGGUCUUGAUUUUGCCAAGCAGGCGCUGGACCUUUGCAUCGCAGCAGAGGCCAACAAUAAUAAACCGGGCCACCGCCUAGGGCAAGCCUAUAACGAGAUGGCAGAGGCGUUGGCGAAUCUUCGAAGGUUGAAGGAGGCAAUUGGAUACUGCGACCAAGCAAUCUCCACGUAUCUUGAACAAGAAGGCCACUUCGAACACUUUGAGUCAUCUACAUUUGCAAGAGUGAACAAGGCGUUCUGCUUUUGGCAGCUCGACAGACUAGAUGAUGCGGCAGCAGAGCUCGCUGAGCUACUAGAAUAUCGUGCCAAGAUGCACGGCAGCAAUGAUAUUACCUCUUUCAAGACGGGACUCGCUCUCCUCACACUCGGCAAUGUUCAAAUCAGCCAAGGCCGAUUGGAGGAGGCUGAGAGAUCGCACUGGCUUGCUCGUGAACAAUAUCAUCAGACUCUUGGUACGAACCACUAUAGAGUAGCGGGCUUAUCAUACACGCUUGCUUCUCACCUCUUUCGCAAUGAGAAUUGGACCCGUGCGAUAGAACUCCUGGAGCACGCUGUCAAAGUGUUCUCGGAUAAGCCUUUUUAUAAGCCAGAGCUAUCCAGAGUCCUCCUGAAACUCGUCGUAGCACUAGAACAUGUCGGCGAUGAAGCGUCCUUGGCUAGAGCGAGGGAAAAACUGGAUGAGCUCUUCACGACUAUGACUAAAGAAUACGGGAGAGUGGUUGAUGAACAAGUUCUAGAGGAAAUAGUACAAUACUGGGCUCUGUAG